UUUGCUCUUCUCCGUUGCACGCUGACAAAUUCUAUCCGCCCUCUGUCUUCUUUUUCUUCACAGCUUCAUCCUUCUGCAAUCGCAACUUUGUCUUCACUCUUCAGAGAGCAGAGUGCGCCAUAGCCUACAACUCUGCAAUCCGCAGACCGUCGCAGCGAGCCAGCUCCACCAGUCCGCCGCCUCCCCGUGACCGCAAGCCACAACUUGAUUCUACCCUCCUACUCAGUGGUAACUGUAUAGGAAAUGUGGCGUUGUUGCCAGAACCUACUGCGAAGAGCCUCUUCGACACUACCCUUACGCCCUCACACAUCAUCAUCAUCAUCAUCAUCCUCAUCGAACCACAAGAGCACAUUCAGGCACAUCAUCAUCGGCUCCAAUGCAGCGGCAUCAAGUCCUAGCGUGUCGAUUUGGAGACGCAAGAAGGAAAUGGGGAAAGAAGGUCUAAUGGUGGCCAAGGAGCUCAAGCGGUUACAGUCAGACCCGAUUCGGCUUGAACGCUUUAUGAAGUCAAAUGUCUCUCGCCUUCUCAAAUCUGACCUCCUCGCUGUCCUCGUCGAAUUCCAAAGACAAGACCUUAUCUUUCUUUCCAUGAAGAUGUAUGAGGUGGUGCGUAAAGAGAUAUGGUAUCGACCAGAUAUGUUUUUCUAUAGGGAUAUGCUUCUGAUGCUUGCAAAGAACAAAAGGGUAGAUGAAGCAAAGAAGGUGUGGGAAGAUUUGAAGAGUGAAGGUGUCCUUUUUGAUCAACAUACAUUUGGUGACCUUGUGAGAGCAUUCUUGGAUAGUGGAUUGCCUGAUGAGGCAAUGCAUAUAUAUGAUGAAAUGAGAAGAUCUACUGAUCCCCCUUUAUCUUUGCCUUACCGAGUCAUAUUAAAAGGGCUUCUUCCUUAUACAGAUUUGAGAGAAAAGGUUAAGGAUGACUUUCUUGAACUUUUUCCAGAUAUGAUCAUUUAUGACCCUCCUGAAGACUUAUUUGAUGAUGAAGAGUGGAGAAAGGAGAGUGAGGAUAAUUGACGUAUGCCAUGAAGAUGUGCUUCUUUCUGCGGAAAAAUUUCCUCUGUACAAGCGGAACGAGUACUGCGAUGAUUGGCUAAAAGUCCCUAAAACCAUGAAUGCUUCUGAGCUUCAAAGUGGGCAGAUGUUUCUGCUCCGUUUGAGUGUCCAAAAAUGAACCCAAGAAAAACACGGGUGAUGCUCAGAUCCAAGGUAUGCUGCUUACCAAAAAGAUACUACUUGAAAGCAUGAGCACUGUUUGGUAAAAGAAGGCUCUUUGUCACUGGAUUAUAUAACGGUGUAACUUAUAUUUCGUGAACAAUUGAGUCCAAAGUCAACAAUGUUUCUCAAACACUUCCUGCAAUGGUAGUAAGUUCCCCGAGUUUUAUGAAAUGCUGCUUCAUUGCAAACCUGUUCUGGUACUCUCCACAUACUGCUUUAGUUAAGAUGUUGCAUUAUGGAGUUAAAAGUUUU